AUGUCGAGCUCUGAGCCUUACAUUGGGCCGAUGGCACCUCCCACCACGUCUCAAGCUGAACAAACCGACCACCGGCCCGAUUCCCCAACCAGCGACAUGAACACCUCAGCACAGACUGAGGAGACGACAGCGGCACCAGAACCCGGUGACAGCACCACUGACUCCAUUGUUCUUACUCGCAAGUCCGAUCCCCGCCACGAUGGUCGCUACAUCAUCCUCGAUGUCUCACGCAGCCGUGCCCUGACGUGCCACGAUGGAUACUUGCGCUUUGAGGCAAUCGACCUAAAUAUUCCCCACCGACACGUGUCAGACAAGGUGCAGUGGGAGUGUAAGGAAAGGGGUGGCUUCAGGGGGUUCAAGAACGUUGCUGGCGGGGGCUUCCUGGGUCACGACAUUUGGUGGGACUUUUAUGCAAAAGCCUACCAACACAACGGUUGGGAAGAUUUUACCCUGUGGCGACGUGAAGAUGGCUUGUGCUGGAUUCAAAGUCUGGACUGGUCGACACAGAGGCAGGUCUCUGCGAGGGAGGAGGGAAACGGCUUGUUUCGACAGGAUGAUGGAGGUACUUUGUGGGAGUUUGUCAAGGUUGGGAACUGA